AUGUUUGAGACGAGUAGCGCCACCAAACUGGCAACUGCUAUGAGACGUCCUCCGAUGUCGAUCCCGGACGUCGUGGCCACUCUCGUCACCGCGGCGCUGGUCGUGCUCUGGUACGUUGAUCGGUCGACGUUUUGGUUCCUCCAAGACGCCUUCGGCAUCGCCCUCUGCUUCGUCUUCCUCCGCACCAUCCGCCUUCCCACCCUCCAAGUGGCGUCGGUGCUGCUCGUCCUCGCCUUCUUCUACGACAUUUUCUUUGUGUUCGUGACGCCGCUGCUCUUUGGUCGGUCGGUCAUGGACGUCGCCACCGGCGGCCAGAGUGCCAGCUCCAAAAGCGGCUACCCCGGCGUGGACUUUUGCGAGCGGUACCCGGCCUUCGACGCCUGCUUGGACCCGCAACCGCUCCCGAUGCUGCUCUUGUUCCCGCGGUUCCACGACUGGCGCGGCGGCCAGGCCAUGCUCGUGCUCGGGGACAUCGUCCUCCCCGGCCUCUUGCUCUGCUUUGCGCUGCGCUUCGAUUACGCCCGCGAAGUGCACGUCAAGCAAACAGACCCGGCGCUCCUCUACCUCGUGCCGUGCACGUUGGGCGGCAUCUCCAUCGCAGCUUUCGUCUCGGGAGACCUGCAUCAAAUGUGGCAUGAUGGACCGUACCCCGUGCAUCCCAUGGCACCGACAUUGCAUUCGCCGUUUCAAAGACGCUAA